GUACAUAUACUUGAUGUUAAUAGCCAAUAAGAUAUCAUAUUUUUGAUGGAGCUAUGAGAUGUGACCAAUUAUAUUCCUCUUUCUAUCUGUCAAAUGUAAUUUAACAGAAAAUGGCGACAAGAUACAACUUGUCAAGAGAACAAGAAAACUCCGUGACCGUGUGCUGUAAUGUUAAGUUGUUAAAUCUUAUCUAUCGUGUUGUGAUAAAUGAAAAAAUGUCAGAAAUGAGGCAAUAAGUCGUAACAUUGCCAGGUGUACAAGCUGCGAAAUGAACGAGCCGUGACAAUGAGACGGAACAUCGUUAGUCUAAUAAAAUUCUUCUUUCUGGCCGUGUGUACAGUUUUAUUGACCGUCAUUAUCUUUCGAUACAUUCGUGGCACUCGAAUUAACUCAAAUCUAGUUCAAGCAGCUGUAAUUAGAUCGCCUGUUUUGGAAAAUGACUCAAACAUCAUUCAAGAGGAUAUCAAAAUUGACUGGCACAACUAUGAACACAUUGCUGAAGAAUCAAAACGAACUGGAACAGGCGAACAUGGAAAACCAGCAUUUUUAUCACCAUCAAUGAAAAAUGUCAAAGAGAAGCUAUACCAAGUAAAUGGUUUCAAUGCUGCACUUAGUGAUGAGAUUUCUGUGAAUCGAUCAGUACCAGAUAUUCGACACUCAGAUUGCCAUAAAAAGAAAUACUACAAAAACCUUGACCCUGUAUCAGUAAUUGUAUCUUUUCAUAAUGAACACUUAAGCACAUUGCUACGCACUUGUUGGAGCAUCGUGAAUCGCUCACCACCAAGUUUACUUAAAGAGAUUAUAUUAGUCGAUGACGCGAGCUCCAAGCAGGAGUUAAAGUCAAAACUAGAUGAAUAUGUUGCACAGAAUUUACCCAAAGUUAAAAUAGUACGGCUUCGAAAUCGUUCUGGACUUAUACGAGGCAGAUUAGCAGGAGCAGAAAUAGCUCGUGCAAGUAUAUUGGUUUUUUUGGAUUCGCAUAGCGAAACGAACGUUAAUUGGCUACCCCCUUUACUUGAUCCAAUUGCAAAAGAUUAUCGAACAUGCGUUUGUCCAUUCAUUGACGUCAUUGCAUAUGAAACUUUUGAGUAUAGAGCACAAGAUGAAGGUGCUCGAGGAGCUUUUGACUGGGAACUUUAUUACAAACGUUUGCCUUUGCUUCCGGAAGAUCUUAAGCAUCCUUCUGAGCCGUUCGCAAGUCCUGUAAUGGCUGGUGGUUUGUUUGCCAUUAGUGCUAAGUUUUUUUGGGAAUUAGGAGGCUACGAUCCUGGUCUUGAUAUUUGGGGUGGAGAGCAGUACGAACUCUCUUUCAAGAUAUGGCAAUGUGGUGGACAAAUGUUAGAUGCUCCUUGUUCUCGUGUAGGACACAUUUACCGAAAAUUUCCACCAUUUCAUAAUCCAGGCCGUGGUGACUUCCUUGGAAAGAAUUAUAAGAGAGUCGCUGAGGUGUGGAUGGAUGAGUAUGCAGAAUUUAUCUACAGAAGACGACCGCAUCUCAGGGCUUUGGAUCCUGGUGAUCUGACAAAACAGAAGGCACUCCGAGCAAAUCUUCAUUGUAAACCGUUCAAAUGGUUUAUGGAAAACGUAGCCUUUGAUCUCGUUGAAGUUUAUCCACCGAUCGAACCGGACGAUUUCGCUUUUGGCGAAAUACGGAACAUCGCAGCACCAGAUCUCUGCCUCGACAGUAAGGGGCGAAAACGUGACGAAAGUAUAUCAGUGGAUUUGUGUCGCAAAGAUAAUCCGAAAAUAUAUGGAGAGCAGGAAUUUCGACUGACAUGGCAUAAGGAUAUAAGACCCAAAGGACGAACUGACUGUUUGGACGUUUCCAAAGGUGAAGCAAAAGCACCAGUAACCCUAUAUCCCUGCCAUGGGAAACAGGGUAAUCAGUUAUGGAGAUACGAUGUCGCAAAACAGUGGCUCACUCAUGGAUAUGCAUCGCGUUGCUUAGAUUUGGACCCCGCAGCCAAACGAGUCUUUGUCGACUAUUGUGACUCAGCUUCAAGUACACAAAAGUGGCGUAUUGAAAAUGUUAACAUGAAAGCUAUUAACGACUGGGAGAACGUCGGUCCAAAAGUGCGCUAAGAAGAUUUAUUUCAUUUGUUGGUCGUAGGAAGAACAAUGAAAUACUUGAGAUGAUUGCAGGAUUCUUGUUCAAUUAAGGAGUAAAUAGACGAUUUUUUUGGUAAUUUCUGAUACUUGAUUUUCUACUUUUCUUGCAUGACACGUAAUUUUUUUUAUAGUAAUAUUCGCACUCUUUUUGUUCGAGAAUAAUAUAAUUUCAUUAGUACUAUUUUACUCAAGGAUUCAAAGUUCAAAGUAAAUUUUUCAUAAGAAAACCAGUUUAAAGACAGUGCCACGUCGAUACAAGUGAUGCAGGGUCAAGAAUGCAUUUUCAAAAAUGUAAAAGGAUUUUACAGUUUUGCUCAACUACGAUUACUUUUCUAUUUCUAAUUUUAAGCAUUGUAUCGAUGUCUCGUACAACCGAUCUGUGAAAGCUACCUUCCAUUUGUAAACAAAUUGUGCUACUUGUAAUAAGUUUUCUUUAUUGUUAAUUGUACUAAUUGCAUAAUAUUGCAUCCAGUUGAAUACAAUUCGGCAUAAGAAACAUUUUGGAGAAAAAAAUGUAUCGUAUUGCCGUCGAAUGCGACACAAAUCAUUAUAUAGGAUUAUCAGUGAUUAUGCGAAGGCAACAUAUUUCUUCGUUUGAGCAAUAAAAAGGUUUAGAGAAAAAUAUCUCAUGCUAUAAAUGAGUGAUAUACUUUUUUAUGGCUCGUAACCUUUGUUUAGAAAUAAAUUGCUAUUUAUUCAUGUUCAUUAUAAGAUUUUUACAUUAAUAUUAUUUUCCUAUGUUUAAUUGUUGAUGGAGUAAAGGAGAAAGUCAAAUUCUAGAAGCUUAAUUUGCAAGUUUUGUAUACAAUUAUUUAUAUCUAAUCGGUUUUUUGUCAAUGGUGACUUGGAAGUGAUUCGUUUUCAUUUUUUUUUCUUUUUUUUGUUUUUUUUUUAUUAACGAAAAUGCCACUACGAUGAUGAAUGAUUUUAAUUUUAAAAAUUAGUUUGCGAUAUCUAUCAAUGUCAAAAUCUACGUUGAACUUGUUUGGCUAGAGUGAAGAAAGUUGCUACUAUUGGCUAGUCAUUGGUAAUAAUAUUUCAAAGGAUUCGUACGAGGAAAAACGAAAAUUCGUCAUCCGCUGUGCCUUAAUGUUGUUAAUUGUCACAAAUGUCAUGGGAAUAUUAAAACUAGUUAGAAUAAUUUCUAUUUAACAUGAGACAGUUUAUUCAUGUAAGGAAACGCAUUUGUAUUUAAGAAUUGAUAAAAAUUAAAUUUUAUUGUUAGAUGUUAAACACAAAGUUAAACGUUCUUCUUUUAUUAUAAUAUUUGCGUUUUGGCUAUUCGCACUGUAUAAAAUAAAGAUAUAUACCAGAGUGAUUUAUGGGAAGUUGCGGCUUCACUUGUGCGUCGGCACCGAGGAGACACCAAUAAAGAAGGCCAAGCUUUACCGGACUUUGUGUUUGACUUGUGGGCAGUGGGCAUAAUUCGCAAGGGAGAUGCUGGAAGCGGCAUAGAAAUGUUGGAGGAGGUUGAAAUGCCAUAUAAUUCAUUUCAGACCCGGAAUACAGGGGGGUUGGUUGUUACAAAUAUCAUCUCGGUGGCGAUGCGAGUUGAGGUUAGUAAUUAAGGUAAUUGAACAGUGACAAUAACGUUCGAGCUAGACCAAGUCAAAACUGUAAAGAAAGUUAUUGUCAAUGCGGUCAAUGAGUUUCGUCAGUCUACAAGCUAAGUCAUACCCGAAUUCAUAACUAUUCAUGAAUCACCAUGUAUACGAAAACAAUUGACAUAAGCAACGAGCUUUAUGAACAAGUAGAUUUUGACAAGUUUCUGCCAUAUUUGGAGCCAUAAAUUAUACGUUUAUAUAAGUAUACAUAUUAUAUAAUAUUGAUAUCUGUAAAGAUAAAAAUGUAAAGAACAAGUGAGAGUAAAAAAAAGAAUUCAGCCAGCGUACAUCUGUGUAAAUUAUAAUAUACACUUAUAAAAUAUAAGAUUUUAAAAAAUGUACGCAAUAUUUUCAUGAUCUAAACAGUAUCACUUUUUUUCAAGUGCAAUCUUGCCGUUACAGUGCAAACCCAAGUGUUUGUAGCCGAGUAUGUGAUUCCCUAUCAUUUCUAUGCUAGUCACUUUUUAUAUACCUACAAGUAUAUUGUUAUUUUCACGAAUUACAGCGUAAAGGCAAGCGACUUAUAAGUAGUUAAAAAGUGACUACCAUAGAAAGGAUAAGAAAUCAUACACUUGGAGUUGCACUGUAAACAAUCCAUGUUGAUCUAUUAAGUGAUAAUGCGACUUGGGUAAAUAGACUACAUAUUUUUAUAGCAAACUAUGUAACGGUAUAAGAGGUUAUAAUAAAUUUUUAAGAAAGUCAAAGAGA